UGCUGUCCGUGUGUAAACACUAUAUUAUUGUCAUUUAUUUGAUUAUUUAGACUUUUAGCAAAUUCUAUUUCAGAAAAAAACAAUUUAGUUUUUGUUAGUUUUAAGUUAUAUCUAAAUUUGAAGCGAAAAAAAUAAACUGGAUGUAUUGAGAAGAAAUGUUUUUAUAAAUAGUUAAGAUAAUAAACUGCAAAUUUUUGGGCUAAAAAACUCAAAAAGAUGGUGCAAAAUAUUUACGUCGAUCUACUAUCACUGAUCUAAAUCACCGAUAAAAAAUAUUUUAAAAUGGAAUCAUUUUGCAGUGCAUCUGACUCUGAAUUAUUAGAAGAAUAUUUAAAGAAAGUUCAAACUGAAUUGGUUGUAAAUAAUGAUCAAAAUCACAUAGUCACUAAAAAGAAUCUUUAUGAACAAGGAAAUAUAAACAUUCAAACAGACUUCCAAGUUAAUGGAUCAGAUAGUGUUUCAGAAAAUUUAGAUAUAAAAAAAAAUAUUGAAGUAAUGUUAAAAAUUUUAGCAGAGUUUAAAUUUUUAAAAGAAAAGUAUUCACAACUUGAAAAUCAUGUUCAGCUUAAAGUACAGGAUUUUCAAUUGAAAACAUUAGAAUAUGAAGAAACUAUACAAAGAAUAAAAACAGAAAACAUAAGCUUAGUCACACAAGUAAAUACAGAGGAGUUUACAGAAAAAGAAUCAACACAAAUACUAAAGAAAACUAUAGAAAAUCUUGAGAAAGAAUUAUUGCAACAAAAGUGUAUUACUAAUGAUACCAUUGAUAAAUUGUCUGCACAUGAUGCUGCUGCUAAACGUGCAAUAUCAAUUAUGCAAAAAGAAAAUAGUACAAAAAUUGAUCAGAUAACAAAGAUGUACGAUGACUGUCAAAAAGAAAAAGAAGAUUUAAAUGCUAAAAUUUCUAAAGUUGAAGAUGAGUAUAUAAUAAAAAUAUCUAAAUUAGAAUCAAUUAUUGAGGAUUUACAAAAAUGUUCUGUUCUACAAAUAAAAAAGACAGCUGGACAGAGUCAGGAAGUUGAAAAAUUGCGUGGCCAAUUAAAAAGCAAGGAAUCUGAUCUUACUAAAUUGACAACUAUUAAUGAAAAUCUUGAGAAUCAAGUUUCGAAACUUAAUAAAAAAAUUGACCAACAGAAACAAGAAAUUGAUGGAUAUGAAACUAAAAUAAACUGGGCUCAAAAUAAACUUAAAACAGAAUUAGAGGCACAUAAGGACUCAAAAAAGCAGAUUAGUAUACUUACUGCAAAACUACAAGAAUCAAAAGAAGAAGGAAGCCAAAUAAGACAAAAUUGUCAAGAAAUGAUUGAAAGAUAUCAGGCUAAUGAAGAAAUUGAAUCUGUACGUCUGAAAAUUGAAGCAAAAGAGAAAGACCAACGAAUUAAUGAAUAUCGUGAAAUAAUUGAAUCUUUUAAUAAUAAAGAAGAACAAUACAAAGCACAAAUUAAAAUUUUAGAACGAAAAUCAAAUGAUAUUCUUGAAGAAAAUUUGCAAUACAAAGACAUGGUUUUAAAACUUAAUGAAAAUAAUUUGUCGCUUGAAAAUAUUCUUAAUGAGAAAGAAAAGGAUUGUGCAGAAAUGAAGUGCAAGAUUGAUGAGUUGAAUGAUAAACUGGAAGUCUUGAAUAAUUUAAAAGAUAAUUGCACAAGAUUAGAAAAAGAAUUGUUGGAUCAAUUGCAGCAAGACCAAAUUAACAAAAAGCAUAUCAAUGAACUUGAAAAUGAAAUUGCAUUUUACAAAGAAAAGCAACAAGAAUUAAUGGCAUACACACAAUCAUUGACCGAAAAUAAUGUUGCUUCAAAGUCCAAAGUUGCAGAACUACAUGCUAAGCAAAUUGAAAAAGAAGAUACUUUGGUUAAACAGAGUUUACUAAUUUCGGAAAAAGAAGCUGAAAUAGAACUUCUUGUAAAUCAAAGAAAUGAACUUUUACAUCAAGUUGAUGAAUUGAAGAAAACACUGGAUCAAAAAAACUUUUCAGUUAUUGAACUUUCGGAUCUAUUAAACCAAGCAAAUGAUGACUUGAAAAUUAUCAAGAAAAAAAAUGCAGCUCAGUUAAAGGAUUUACAGAAACAUCUCUCAGUAACAACCAAAAAAAUUGAUAAAUUAGAAAGCGGAUCAACUGAAAAUCUCCAUGCAAAGUCUAACAUUUCAUCAAACGGAUCCCUUGAAAAAUUGUUGAGUAAUUCACCUCAGUCAUCUUCAGAUCCACUUAUGAUUUCUGAUGAUCACUACAUCAGUCAACCACGUCGAGGGCAAAACCGAAGUGUUGGAGAUAUUGAGAUCGAUAAACAAGUUUUAAUUGAACGUAUUUGUAAACUUCAACGAAUACAUGCAAAACGCAAUGAAAAAAUUGACUUUCUUAAUGAGCAUAUUUUACAUUUAACUGAAGAUCUACAGAAAAAGACUAGAAUUAUUCAAUUUUUUUUGCAUAAAGAAGAAGCAGGAUCGCUUUCUCCAAAUUUAUCAGAUAAAAUUAAGGCUAAAGUUAGUCAGCAUGGUGGAGUAAUGGCAUCUGUAUAUUCUGCUCGACCUAAUGACAAAGCCAUGACUUUAGAGCUUUCACUUCAAAUAAACAACAAACUCCAAGCUGUCCUUGAAGAUACAAUAUUAAAGAAUAUUAUGUUAAAGGAAAACUUAGAUACUCUAGGCAGUGAGAUUGACAAACUGCAGAAUGAAAUGCGUUCUUCGAAAAAAUAGACUUUUAUUUAAUUCAAUUAAGCGAUGGCUAUGGACCUUUAUUUAUUCUGAAUUAUUUGUUCAUGGUUUUAUUUCUUUUACCCCCUUACUAAAUGAUUCAAUAACAUUCUUCGUAAUUUUUUAAAAAGUCAAAAUAAUUUAUUGCUGUUUUUCAAGAUAUCGAUUUUUAUUUUAUUUUUUAUAAAUGGAGUAUAGACAUAUAAUAAUGCUUUGUUUAUUCUGGCGACUCUUUUGGUUGUUUUUGUUAAAUUGGUAUUAUACUAUAAUGAUUGUAAAUGGUAAAUAGUGAAUUUGUAAAUAUUUUUAUUUUUCAAAUUGUUUGUAAAAAAAGAUUUGUAAAACGGAAACUACGGAAAUAAAUUAUUUUGUAAGGUUAAA